AGUAGGUGUAUAAAUAUAGCAAACAUUCCAAGGCUCUAACCCAAAGCUGAAUUUUGCAUGCUCUUCUCUUCCCAAGAAUAAGCACCGCUCAAACAGAUACCAUUUUUGAAACCCCUUCUUCUCUGUUUUCUCCUCUGCUUCCAUUCUGCAUCCACUUCUUUCUCUCUUCUUCUUUGUUUCUCUGUCUCUCUUGGUCCCUCACCAAAUGUAAAGAAGGAUUUUCUCACACCCGGCGCCAUUAGUCCUUCUUUCAGAUUUUAGGUGUGGUUACUAGUUUUUUGGAUUUGGAAUAAGCAUUUCCAUAACAGAAUACCAUGUCCAUUUAAGUGUGUGAAGAAGAGGGGGAAAAUAGAAGAGAAGGAAAACCCAGAAAUGGCAACCACGGAUAAUAACGUGAAAGAGUUUACGAGCGACGACGAGGCAUCUCCGAGGGCGAUUCUGGAGACCCCUGUUUCGGAAACAGAGUCAGACAACAGUGGAAGCAGCGAAAGCUUCAGUUGUGUCUCACCGGAGAAGUCGCAGGCGGUGACCGGAAAAGAGGUUCCCAAGGAAGGUUACGUGCAACAGUUGAUGACCAUGAUCGACGUUUUCAAGUUCAAGUCUGUGAGAAAGUUAACGGCCGUUCCUCUGUUUGCGGUGGGCAAUGAUAUCUCUCGGAAAGGGUUAACCAAAAAACUUGCCCGUAUUCGAAGUGCUGAAGAUGGUAUUGAUAUUGGAGCUAUUCCCACGAAACCCUCUUGGAGGAACUUCGAUUAUGAAGAGUUAGUUGCUGCUACUGGUGAUUUUAGUUCUGAGAACUUGCUUGGGAAAGGUGGUCAUGCUGAAGUGUACAAAGGCCACUUACCCGAUGGUCAAGUUAUAGCUGUAAAGAGGCUAAUGAAGAAUGAAAAGGAUGCUGCAGACAGAGCUGGUGAUUUCUUGACGGAGCUUGGGAUCAUUGCACACAUAAACCACCCCAAUGCGACACGCCUUAUUGGGUUCGGGGUUGAUCGUGGCCUCUACUUUGUCCUACAGCUUGCUUCGCAUGGCAGUCUUUCUUCUUUGCUUUUCGGUUCUGAAUGCUUGGACUGGAAGAUAAGAUCCAAGGUAGCUGUUGGGGUGGCGGAUGGAUUGGUUUAUCUCCAUAAAGAGUGCCCGAGACGAAUCAUUCAUAGGGACAUCAAGGCCUCCAACAUAUUACUAAAUGAAAACUAUGAAGCUGAGAUAUCAGAUUUUGGACUGGCAAAGUGGCUCCCAAGUAAGUGGACCAGCCACGUUGUCUUCCCAAUAGAAGGAACAUUUGGAUAUUUGGCUCCGGAGUACUUUAUGCAUGGAGUUGUGGAUGAGAAAACUGAUGUAUUUGCCUAUGGAGUUUUGCUUUUGGAGCUCAUAACUGGUCGACGCGCUGUUGAUUCGGAUAGUAGACAAAGUCUUGUCAUCUGGGCCAAGCCACUACUGGAUACAAACAAUGUAAAGGAUUUAGCAGACCCCAGAUUAGGAGAGGAAUAUGACCCUAUUGAAAUGAAGCGUGCCAUGGUGACAGCUUCCAGGUGUGUCCACCAUGUAUCCUCCAAGCGGCCAUACAUGAAUCAGGUUGUGCAGCUACUAAAGGGUGAAGAGACAAUUAUGGAACCAAAGAAAACUUUAGUUGCACAAAAGUCUCUCAUGUUAGAGGCAUGUGACCUAGAAGAAGAUUAUACUUGCUCAAGUUACUUGAAGGACCUCAAUCGCCACAGGCAACUAAUCAUGGAGUAAACUAAACUAAUUAUAAAUCAUUAGUGGGAUUUCUUGUUUUCUCCUAUGUAUAUUUGUUGAAAGAAUGGAGUGAUAUUUAGUAGCAGUGCGUGUGGCCAAAUCCAAAGACACAAGCCAAGUUGGCUUGUUAUUCAGCUUUGAAAUUUAGGGAGCGUUACUCAAGAAGCAAAAUCAUAGUUUUUGGCUUUUUGGAUUAACGCUUGAUGCAGCAGAGUUUGUGUAAUGUAAUGUAGAAAUGAUGCAGCAGAGUUUGUGUAACUUUUAGGCUCUGCAGUGCCAUUCGAACAUGAUGUUCCACCCAUACGAAAAUAGUGAAAUGCUUCUCGUUUCCAUUUUUCCCAUGGUUUGAAA